CAGCAACAGGUGCAGUACUUCCGUCCCAGCGCGCGCACAAAACACAUUUUCUCGCUUCUUUCGUGUGUACGCAUUAUUUCGACGCUUUUGAAAUUGUUUUACGACUUUAAAUUACUUUUCGACGCUUCUAAAUGUAGAUGUCGCCAUCUCACCAGAAGUUGCGAGGAAACGAUUUCCCUAGUGAUUAUUGUUGUUGUAGUUUUUUAACCAAACUUUUAUCCUCGCUGUAACAGCUGACACACCUGCUCAAGUUUAAACUUAAAGCAAAUAUUUGUAUGAUGUUUUUUAAGCAUGGACAUUUUUAACCAGCUGAUGUGAAGGACACACGUUGUGGAGCCAGGAUGGACCAAUCGGUUCUGGAUCGGAGUCUGGACUGUUUGCUGUUUGUGCUCAUCUCUGUGGCGUACGCUCAGUGCGUCUUCAUCGAACCCCUUAAACUCGUCACCUCGCAGCGCUCCCUGGCCGAGAGUCUCACCAGGCUGCCAUGUCGCUACCAGUGCCAGGUGGGUGAGCAGGUAGUGCAGGUCACAUGGUACAAGGAGCUGCGGGACGGUACCAAGGAUCAAAUCAUCACCGCCCACUUCAUGGACGGACACACAGAGUUUGGACGCUACUCGGGCCGUGUGAGGUUUGAGAGUGGCAGCCCCACGGAGAACUCUGCGCUGCUCAUCCCCAGCACGGAGGAGUCGGAUGACGGCACAUACACCUGCCACAUCUCUACCUUCCCCAACGGGAACUUUGAGAGGCGCAUCACGCUCACUGUCUGGAUUCUACCCAUUUCCUCCCUGGAGCCGGUGGUCCUGACGGAGGGCCAGACAUUCCGCAUCGCCGCCUCAUGUCGCGCCGUGGGCCGCCCGCUCCCCACCCUUUCCUGGGACACCGACCUGCCGGGCCUGUCGCAGAACCGCACCAACGAGGGCGGCUCCGUGUCCAGCUACUACUCCCUCCACCCGCUCCGCAGCAUGAACGGGAAGCGACUCGACUGCCUGGUGCGGCAUCCCGCCCUGGAGCGCCCACGGAGGAUAACCAACCAGCUGGUGGUCCACUACCCCCCAGACGCUGACAUCUCUGCGUCAACGGACGACUGGUUCGCCGGGUUGGAGCAAAUGACGCUCGCCUGCGACGUCGGAGACGGCUUCCCCGCGCCCCAAAACAUCACCUGGACAUGGAGGGGUGGAGCUUUGCCAGACGGCGUCUCGAUGGUCGGAGGAAAACUGACGUUCGGACGAGGCCUCCGUCUGAAUGACAGUGGCCUCUACAAGUGUGUGGUGACAAACGCUGUAGGCGCGGCAAAGGCAGAGUACUUGAUGACGGUGACAGCCUUUUUCCUUGCAGAGAAAUCCCAUCGCAAGGACACGUCCUCGUCUGACAGCCUGCUGCUGAUCAUCAUCAGCGCUUCGGCCGCUGCCAUCGUCCUGGUCCUGGUUGUCGCGGUGCUGCUAAUCCUCCGCCACCAUCGGCACCGCAACAAGAAGCUGGAGAUGGAGCUCAGCGAGAAAACGGAGGAAAUCAACAAUUUGUCCAGACAAGCUUCCUUCAGGAGGCUCAACUCUCUCAGCUCUGACCCACGAGUGCAGGCUGAAGAUUACGCACUGCUCAGGUCAGACAGCCGCAUGAAAAACAGCCAAAUGUCACUGGAGAGACCCAUCUACAAGGGAAGCCAGUCCACUCUCGGUGGCCGAUGGGCACCGGUGGUGGGGUUGGAGGCGGAUUUGAUGGGGCGCCCCGUCACCUGGCAUGAGGGUGAAGACAACCCCAGUGGGGUGGGGAUUAACGGCGAGAAGGAGGCGCACAGGAGGCGGGUUGGGACGUAUCUGAAGAGCAGCAACAUGUCGCUGGUACUGGACUCUGGUCUUCCUUCCUCCCAGCUUCCUCUGAAGGACCAGCCAGAUGAUGCCGUUGGACCAAGAGAGGGGGACCUGGCCCUCAUCGGCGAGGUGGCUGUCCCCCCACAGAUAGAAAGCUGGAGCCCCUCCCAGCUGACACCGCCGGGGGAGCUUGAGGACGAGGAGGAUGGCAGCUCGUACCAUCUGUCUGAGGCGCUCACCAGUCACUUCUACUACAGUAACGGCGUCCUCAGGCCCAGGCCACACGGCAACGCCAUUCUGCUGCACCCUCAUGGUCAGGUGAUCUAGAGAAGGUCCCCCCCAAUAUUUGAGCUCCAUGGCUUGCUGGACCAGCCAGAAUGACCCUCAUGGAUGGACUGUGGUCCUGAAUCUAUGCACUCCCAGGGAGCUUUUUUUUUGUACAAAAUAACCUGACAAUCUAUAAGAGACAGUCACCAGUUUGAAACCUCCAGACUCAAAACAGAUUAACGCAUGCGUGCACUCUUGAAGGCACACAACACUACUUGUUGUUACUGAUGCUGUCCCAUUGCAAGGCCUCGGGCACGUCCUGAUUUUUUUCGUUUCCUACAUAUCCUCAUAAUAAUGGCAGUAUGGUUUUAGAGCAGUGAUCUCCAACACCCGGGCCGCGGCCCGGUACCAAAGAAAAAAUAACUUCCAUUAUUUCAUUUGUUUUAAUGUUUUAUUUUGAAAAGUGGCCGGAUUUUCUCUGUUACAUCCGUCUCACUUGACGCAUGUCCAUUGUGCGUGUGCUAACUUUCUCUCGCCGCACAGAUAUACUACUACUGUAUUUUUACCAUUUUUCUUUCACCUCAUAUUUGGUGUCAAAUGCUGAUACUAUGUGGGAAUGCAUAAAGGUAAGUUUUGAUGACUUAUUGAGUGCUAAUGUGCACAUUUGUCUGAAGUUAAUUCAUGCUAGCACACUGCCUUUUACCACACACGUCAAACAGCGAUGUAAUGAUCUCACUGGAAAAACUUGGCUGGAACUUGAACUGUUGGAUGGUGGGUCGGCAUUCAUUUUGUGCUUUUAAUUUGAUGUUAUUCAUGUCUUAGUUUUAUACAAUACAUAAUAAAUAAGAUAAAUUAGAUCGCUAUAAUGUACGAACCCCUCGGCACCACCCCACUCCCCCGGUCCGCAGGAGAUUUGUGGCAACACAAGCCGGUCCGUGGGUCAAAAAAGGUCAUUUCAUUCUAGAUCCACACAUGUUGUCCAAAUAAUGAUAUGGACGAACCUCAAAACCACUAAGAAAUUGACUUAUAUUUCCCUUUUAUAUGGUUAUCAUUACACUUGUCCUAAAUUAAUCACUGAAGAUUAUACUGACAUCAGGCAUGAUGAUGGUUUGAAGUUUUGACUUUUGAGGCAGACUGUCUAAAAUUUUCGGUUGAAUUCCAAAUUUGAUCACCUUUUGGGUUGUUUGGAGGUUCUACUGUGUCAUUUUAGUAAUCAUAAUAAUACAUGUUCCACAUGCAUUAUUACUGUGAAAGGGGCAUCGUGCUUUGAAUACUCAAGAUGGGCCUCAGUGUUACAACGUAUAUAAAUUAAACAUAAAUUAAAUAACAAAUUAAAAUAGACAAUUAAAACAUAAAGACAUAAAUUAAAAACUUAUUUUUGGACCAUAACAAGACUCAUUUGAGAACUAGCUACAGUGGGGGCCGUGGCAGAAGAAUACACUCUGUGCUCAAUAUUGGCCACACUUGGUCGCAACUAUCGCGACCAUCAUUAAGGAUGGAUGUUGUAAGAAGACAAGGAUGUAGUCUUUAUUGCAGGCAGUUGUUGGCGAACCGUGCCAAAACAACAUCAGCAAACUCAACUGUCCUCUCAGCAUGCACCCACACGCACGGUCAGGACUAAUGUCACUAUCACAGCUUCAGAGUGCCGGAAAUCACAAAACUCUAACAAUGCAUGUAACUGCCAGGUUGCUACAGCAUCGUUGUGUAUAUUAAAAUAUCUGCUUCUAUGAAAGUGAGAGUAAUAACUAAGCAGUGUAGUUUUUUUAAACUUCCUGUUUCAUUUAAUUCUUGUUUUUAGUGUUUUGAUGACUGUAUUUUAUGUCCAUGUUUUCUGUGUACAGUACGUGUCGUUUGUAACCCAAUCGACCACCUGUUUUAUCGUUUUUAGCACUCACUGGCCAUUAGGUACACAAUGUAAUUAAAUCCAAUCCAAAUAUUCUGCUGUUUACAAAGAUAACGUAGUCUAUUAAAAUGCAGUGGUGACGUUUGACACAAAAAACAUUUGUUUUUGAGCUGUCAAUUGUCAAGCUAUAUUUGAAUCUGUAGUUUUUGAGAAGAAUGUCAAAUAUUUAGUACAACUUUUCUACCUUUUGUUUGAUUGCACUCAGGUGUAGACCACCAUGCUUUUAUACUGAUAGGUUUUGUCCAGUGACAGCUGGAACCAUGAGCUUGUGAAUGUUUAUUCUUCAAAGCACAGCAUUAACACCAAAGUUCUUGUAGUGUUAGGAAGCACAUGAUCACAAACAACUUGUAUGCAUCAGGAUCGGAUACAUGUCUGUAUGUAGAUUUAAGGAAUACAGUGCUAUCUCAGUUUUCGACAAAAAUUAUUGCUAAAAAUAUGUCUCGGUUUUUGUGUGGCCAAACAUUGGCUUAACAAACUUGCCCUUGUAUCAUUCAGAGAAAUCGAGUUCCCAAACAAAGAAUCCCAUGCGUUGGUGACUCAGUCUUGUGGCGUUAUGAAUACCCUAUGGGAGUCCAACUGUGUUCAUAAAGUGUCUUUGUUACAAAAUGUGCUCUCAACUCCCACCCAGAAAUCAUUGUUCCCCAGUUCAAUCUCCUGUGUAUGUCAUCAGCGGUUGACUUCUGUAGUCCUUUGCUAACUACCACACUUAGACCACAAGGUUUUUUUUUUUUUUUAUUGCAUACAGGUACAGCUGCAAAAUAACCCAAAGAAAGUUGCAAGUGCCAGCACUAUUGAAAUCAAGAAAUAACUCACUGCAAAACACGGUGGUGUCCGUGUGGCUCUCCCUUCCCCUCCUCCCACUACGCUCUUUGUCUUUGCCAACAAGUCUUCAAUAAAGGUAAAAGUGAUGUUUAGAAUGUUUAUCCAUUUCAUUCAUCAUUUAUAUGCAUUUCACAUUGUUUUCUGCAUGUAAUUAUUGUCUAUAAAAAUGUGUUUUGUGUUAACAUUUGUGGCAGUCAGUAAAGGAUUGAUUGGAUUUACAUUAUUUCUUCUGGGAAAAAUUUAUUCCGUUUUCGAACAGUUUGGACCCUUUGGAAUGGGUGAAUAACAAAAGCCGAGGUACCACUGUAUGUUAAUAUUUCUGUCAUUUUUUGUUUUUAAACAGUGGGGAGCAGAAAAUUUGUUGUUAUGGAGAGCACAGUGGAAAAGUAGUUCGCAAUACAAGUGU